UGGGGUACCAUGCAAGACUUGACAAAAACUAAUGAGAGCGAAGAUGGGGACAGCUACUAAGAAGAAGGCAGCAGGGAAAUUUACCAGAAAUGAGAACAGGAGGGAGGGGAGGUGCUGUGGAAAGAUUGGCUGUUCCAGUGCAUGCAGAGAGAGCAAGACGAAAGGAGGAUUUUUGCAAAAGCGGACAGGAUGCUGUUUCGGGAUGUGACAGGGAGGGAGAGUAUUGUGUGUAUGUGACAGUUUAUACAUCAUCAGAGGUAGGAUUUAGAAAUAGGAUACAUUUUCUGCUCUGUUGGGAUGUUGUUCUGACCUUUGGAAGGUUCUUUCCCAGAAACUCAUUGAUUUUCCUGAGAUAAUCUGAAAUGUAACAUAUUUUAGGCAUGUAGGAGGAAAUUAGUGCUCUAGCAGUAUAUACGUAGCUGUGUUUGACUCCAAGAUAGCAAUAUGGAUCCCCAGCAGCCUGUUUUUAGCCUAAUGAAGCGGUUCUGUCCUUGUCUCAGCCUGCUGCCGCUGCCAAGUCAGGACUGGAGCAAGAGCGAUGAAAGGCUGCUGCAGGCUGUGGAGCAGAAUGAACCUGACAAAGUCGCUGCCCUCAUUGUCAAAAAAGGUCUUUGUCCAACCAAACUGGAUGCAGAGGGCAAGUCAGCGUUCCACCUUUGUGCAUCUAGAGGCAGACUAGAUUGCCUGGAGGUAAUCAUAUCCCAUGGAGCAGACGUCAGUGUCACUGAUGGAGCAGGUUUCAGCGCACUUCACCUUGCUGCCAAAAACAGCCAGCCUGAGUGUUUAAAGAGACUGUUGCAGGAGAGACUGGCAGUAGAUUGCACUGACAGUAUUGGCAGGACCCCACUGCAUCAUGCAGCAAUCAGUGGCUGCUUGUCGUCCACCGAGACACUGUGGGAUUUUAAAGCAAAUCUGGAUGUCCAGGACAGUGACGGGGCCACGGCACUGAUCCUAGCGGCCCAGAUGAGCAGAGUGGAGCUGUGUGUCUUUCUAUUGGGUCGAGGUGCCAAUGCAAACAUACAAGACAACCAGGGGAGGUCUGCAUUGAUGCUGGCCUGUGAAAGCGACAGUGUUGAGACUGUAGCGGCUCUGCUGAGAGGUGGCGCAAGUACUCAGCUGGUUGACCAACUCGGGCACAAAGCAGUUGACUUUGCCACAACUACGGGCAACCAAGGCAUUGUUCGUAUGUUGCAGGAUGGAGUACCUCCAGCUUCUGAGGGCACAGGCGAGGAGCCCAUUCAAAUCCCCUCAGGCGCUUCAUCAGUGCAAGGGGGGACCACCCCCCGAAAACGGAAAGCUCCUCCACCGCCUCGCUCUGCUCUUCAGAUCCAGGACCUCUCACCUGGACCUGCCAAAUCUCCAAGUCCAGCCCCCCGUACCAAGUCACCUGAGCCACAGAAAUCCCAAUCUCCAUCUCCCCAGCCUCCUGAAACUCAGCAAUCUUCUCAGGCAGAGGAUGAGGAGGUUUUUGAGGAGAUCCGACGGCUGCGGCUUGAAAGAGGCCGGCUGCUUCAGAAGAUUAAGGCCCUGGAGCAGCAGCAGCAAAGUGCCCUAUCUGCCUUAGAAGAGCUGUCCCAACUAAAGCAGCAUCUGAAGGAGGCAGAGGCUGAAAGGGAUAAACUGCUAGAGGAGCUGAAGGGGGCCCAUGGGACUGGCACCAGUGACUCAGAGGAUUUAGAUGAAAUGCUGGACUUCCCUGAGAAGCUGCUUUCAAAACGCUCCAGAGCAUCCCCUGCCCAAGAUGAAGCCUCUUCACAAACGGAGACAGACGCCACUGGCCCUUCUCCUGCUCCUCCAGACCCACGAUCAGUUGCUGAAUUGCAGAAACAAAUAGAGGAUCUAAUUUCACAGAACUCUGAGCUUGUACUUAAAGUGCAGAUGCUGGAGAUGUUUGAGAAAGAUGAUACCGACAUGCAGACCAUCAGUCCAGACUCAGUCCCUAUAACUCAGUAUGAGAUUUUAAGGAAGGAGUUUGAAGCCCUUCAGGAGCGGUUUUCUCAAGCACAGAUGUCAUUGGAAGCCUGCAGUGUUUCUGACGAGCACUCCCAGAAUGGAAGUGAAGAUCCAGAAAGCACAGCAGCUCUAAAAGAAAAGCUUUGUGGGUUGGAAGAGCAGCUGGCCUCCUCCCAGUCUGAGCUGGAGGAGCUCAAGGAGCAAAUGCGUCUUGGGGUGCUCUCUGUGGAGUGUGCUGAAGGAAACAUUAGCACAGCAGACGCUCAGGCUGCAGGAGGUGCAAGCCAGGAAUUGCAGCAGCUGAGGGCCAGGGUGACAGAGUUGGAAGAGAAACUUGCAGGGAGGCAGGGCGAGGCUCAGGGUCAGAGCAGCCAGGACAAUGAGACAAUCAAACAGCUGACAGAGAAAGUGAAGGAACUCCAAGCUGCUCUGACCAAGAAAGAGUCUGUGAUAAAGGAAGAAGACAAAGGCAAAAGAGAAGAGACAGAGGCAGAAACAGUGAAGUCCCUUCGUGAUAGAGUUAUCGAACUGGAAGCAGUCCUGGCUGAGAGCAGGACAUUGGGGAAAGAAGGAGCAACAGCCGGAGAUGGGGAUCGGGUCCGACGUCUUCAGGAGCGUUUGGCUGAACUGGAGGGAGAGCUGAGGAAGUGUGUCCCACGCUCAGAGCUGGAGGAGGUGCAGGUGACCCUUGGACUUCAGUGUGAACAGCUUGCCCGGGAGAGGGCAGACGUGGCUCGACGGCUCAAUGAUGCCCUUCUGGGGCUGGAGAGACUUAGACCUCAACAUGGAGAUGAUGAGGAGCAGGAAGAGGAGGAGCAUUCGGAGAGCUCAGAGCCCUCUUUCAUUUCAGAUCGAUCUAAGCAAACUUUAGCAGCAGUGAGGGAGGAAUUGGAGGUGGCGAGGCAGGAAGCAGCCCAAGCUCUGGAUUGUCUUUGUGCAGAGCGGGAGAGCAGGGCACAGGACGCCCUGCAGUUAAAAGACGCUGUGCCCCUUUCAAAGCAUAAAGAGGCACUGUCUGUAGUGUCAGAGCAGCUUUCUCAAACUCUUCAGGAGCUUCAAGAGGAGAAAACUCUACGAGUUAAUGCUGAGGAGCAGACUGCUAAGCUACAGGCAGAACUACAAGCCAAACAGGAUGCCAUUCCUAAAGAGGAGCACGAGAAGGUCAAGGAAGAGCUCCAGCGCACCCUGCAGGCCAGUGAAAAGAGUGCAGCAGCCGCACAAGAGGCUCUCAGUGAAAAGGAAAUGGAGCUCAGAGAGCUGAAGUCCCAGAAAGCUGCAGAACACGGUCUGAUAUCCAAGGAAGACCACGAGGCCUUGCGACUUUCUCUGCAGGCAGAGAUCAAUGCCAUCACGGCAGGCUUCAAUGACCUCACCAGGAAACAUGAGAAGACAUGCACAGAGGUGUUCCAGGUGCAGAGGGAGGCGCUAUUUCACAAGAGUGAGAGACAAGCAGCAGAGUCCCAGGUGAUCACAGUACAGAAGCAGCUCUCUGAACUUCAAGCUCAGUCCAGACACAUCCAAGAGCUCCACAAAGACAUCCAAGAGUCCCAGGGUCUUGUCAAAGAGAAGGAUCGUAAGAUAACAGAGCUUUCCAAAGAAGUGUUCAGACUCAAAGAGGCAUUGGGAGCCCUUUCACCUCCUCUUGGUAUAUCAUCAUCCUCUUCAUCCUCCUCUACUCAACAUGGUAAUCCAGGGCAGCAGGUGGCACUGCAGAACAGGAUUGGCAUUCUCACCCAACAGCUUCAGGAUUGGGAAAGAAAGCACAAACAGGUUGUGGCGGUGUACCGCUCCCAUUUACUAGCAGCUGUACAGGGUCGCAUGGAUGAAGAGGUGCAACGUCUCCUGCUUCAAAUCCUGAAGAUGACACAGCAGGAGCACUGAAGUCUCUGCACAUCCCUACAACACAUCCGCAGCGCUAUUGCUUUAAUCCAUAGAAUCAAGAUAACAGAAACCUCAAUCACAAAGCCAAACACAGCCAAUCUGUGGUUGGACAUUGCUGCAUGUGUAUAAUAUAAAACCUAAACAAGAUUUAAUGACUGCAUGAAAAGCAAAUGUCAAGGGAAGUAAAAGUGUUGCCUUUUUUUUAUCUGUAUGGUUUGUUGAUAGAAGAAAUGUAGAUACAGAGUGGGUAUUUUGAUGAUGAUUGUGUGACAAGAUUUUACACAAAGUUGUUAUAAUUAAAAAGGAAAACAAUUGCUCUUCUUGUAAUAUGUUUUAUUCAAAAAUCAUGUAUUUUCUUAAGGCUCUAGAAUAUCAGCCAACA